AUGGGUCCAUUCGUUGGCAGGGCGUUUGCCUUGCUUGCCGCUCUUUCCACCCUCACCCUCGCUCAAGAUGAACCAAAGGGCGAUGGCUACGUUGGUUACCACCUCGAACGUCGCGGCGACAAUGAGUCAGCUGUCUAUGAGACGGCCAACACCAAAACCGGCAUCGAUACCCUCAACCCGAUCCCAGAUGUCUAUCUCAAUGCGUCGGUCUCAGUCGGCGAGAUCAGCAUCGAGGUGAAGAAUAUCACUGCCAAGGUCAACCUUGACGCGAAGGUGCUCAACCUGCUGCACUUCCAAGCCGGCGUUGACGCAAGCAUCGACCGCGUCAAGCUGGGCAUCUACAACGUGUCGGCCAAGGUCGAGCUCGAGGCCCGUCUGGAAAACGUCGUGAAGAUGGUCGACGACGUCCUCACCAGCAUCGACCUGAACCCCAUCAUCGCGACCCUUGGCGACACGGUCGGCGACAUCGUCAACAAGACAACGGACGUCAUCACGGACCCCGUCGAGAGCGAUGCCAGCUCGGUAGCGAAGCGCGACUUGACUUAUCGCAUCGAGAACAACAUCUUGUAUUCGAUUAACGAUUUCUCCGGUCGCACGCACACCAACCGCGUUCUCGCGCAAAACGGAUCCCUGUUCGACGUGUUCCUGAACAACAACGGCGAUGAAUCGGGACGACGGGUGGUGGGAUACUACAGUCGCGACAUGACGUUCAGCGGCCACAACAGAACCAUCUCGAUUGACGGACAGGUGAAGGAGUUUGAGAUGCAAUACAUCUAUGCGCCGUACCCCGGCCUGGAGGCGUUCAGCAAUAUCUACAUGGACACGACCGGCAGGGUCGUCCGGACGAAGAUUGUGGCCGAGGCGGAGGGAGGGGGAACGGCUACCAUUAGCAAUGACGAGGAGCCAGGAUUGAAGCCGUAG